AUGAAGUGCUGCUGUUAAGACCAGUGUUUUUACAGUGGUUCUCGCAUGUUUGUAUGUGUAUCGGCAGUGGUCCGGCCGUGAGUGCCCCUGUGUCCGCAGGCGCCAGGCACUGUCGCGGAAUUUUUCGGCGGCGCGGUCAGCUAGCCGCUGCCAGCUGUGCUUCUCCAAGCUGGUGCCUUUAGUAAAAGCGUGGCUGUCGAGUGUGGAUAAAAGUCAUGGGUGCUGAAUACCAAUCUCCGGAUUUAGUGCUGCUUCACGGUGCCUUACUGGUGACGAAGCGAUUACCAUUAUGUACUUUUGCCGCUGUCGGACUCGUCGCGUUGACGUUCCUGGCCGACUUGAGCCAGGCUCACGUAGCGCUCACUUUUCCACAAGCCCGUCACUACAACCUCGACUUUCUUGACAACGGUCGUACGAAAGCACCAUGCGGAAUGCCUAAAGGGACUAUUCGAACAUCGCUGCCAAUGGGAGCCACCAUUAACGUCACCUGGCAUCUCGCCUAUCCACAUAGGGGAGGCUACAAACUAGAACUGUUUGACCAGAAUGAGAAGCACGUUAUGGACCUCACGCCGAAGGAUCAAUGGCUCGGCCUCGACGACGCAACCGCGCAGGCAUCGACUGUAAAGCUGCCACGCUCCUUGCCCUGCAAGGGGUGCACAAUUAGACUCGUGCGUCAAGCUGGAGAAUGGGGUAAAAGCUAUUUGUUUUGGAGUUGUGCCGAUAUUGACCUAAUCUCGGUGCAGGAGUUCAAUGUUGUCUGUUCGGGCCGGGGGCGUAUUGAGAAAGGACACUGCGUCUGUGAACAUCUGUACUCAGGCAACGUUUGCCAAUACAAGGACGAAUGCUGGCAAGAUGCCGACUGUGGCUCACAUGGUAAAUGCAUCAAUCUUGACGCUACAACAUACCCGAAAAUGCAAUGUUUCUGCGAGCCAGGAUGGUACGGAGCAAAAUGCGGUCGCCAAUCAGAUAUAGAUGGUCCUGCAAAGGUGGAUCUGACCGAGUACAACUCGAAGCGACUCUCUGAUAAGUUUAUGCUUUACUGGAAAGUCCUUGAGGAUAAGGCCGAGAUCGAAAUAGUGAUGAAGGUGAAGGGAAAUAGCUAUGCCGCUAUUGGUUGGAGGCCAAAAGGUAUUUCGCGAGAUUGUAAAGCAUUCCCAACGAUCGGAGCAUCCCCCCGUACUCGUCGUGAAGCGGAACCCAAAGCAGAGGUCGAGCCUCAAGAGGAUUUGGAGACAAGCAGUUCAGAGGAAGGAAGUUCGGAAGAAGCUUCUUCUGAGCCCGUACUCAGAUCGGAACCAGAACCUACACCCAACGAAGAAUCUGUCAGCAAACCUGAGCCUGAACCUUCCUUAGAGGAAUCUAAAUCUGAACCCAAACCUGAACCGGAGCCUACUUACGAAUCUGAACCCAAAAGUGAGCCCGAGCCUAGCUUAAAGCAUGGGCCUAAGAGUGACGCAGAGCCCGAAUCCGAGCCAGAACCUAAGUCAGAACCUCAACCUUCAUCAUUGGAACAAUCCGAUGAAGCCCGCUCUGAUGAACACUUAGAACCUGGGUUCAAUACGGAACCCAAAAGCGAACCCGAACCUGAGUCCAAAUCUGAGCCUGAACCUAAAUCAGAACCCGAACCUUCUGCAUCUUCAGAGCGUGAGCCCAAAUCCGAACCCUCUGCUUCAGCAGAACCUGAACCUGAAUCGGAACCAGAACCAAAGUCUGAGCCUGAACCCAAGUCAGAGCCCAAGUCGAAAUCAGAGACUGAGUCAAAAUCAGAGCCUGAGCCAAAAUCAGAGCCUGAACCCAAGUCAGAGCCUGAACCCAAGUCAGAGCCUGAACCCAAGUCAGAGUCUGAACCCAAUACAGAGUCUGAACCCAAGACAGAGCCUGAACCCAAGACAGAGCCUGAACCCAAGACAGAGCUUGAACCAAAAUCAGAGCCUGAACCAAAAUCAGAGCCUGAACCAAAAUCAGAGCCUGGGCCAAAAUCAGAGCCUGAGCCUAAAUCAGAGCCUGAACCAAAAUUUGAACUCAGACCAUCUAGCAAUCUAAAGACUACAACUGCCACCGGCCGCUCAUUUUCCGCUCCAGCGAAAAAGAACUACCCGAAAAAAACACCUUAUACACCCCGAGCAGACUUCCACGCCAUGGAUUGCACCGAUAUCGUAAUGGGCGUCGCUCGCGGUAAUCUGAGUCGUGUCUACGAUUACUAUACAAGGGACCGAUCUACACCAAAGGCUGAUUCUUUCUGGGGGGGCCAAGACCAUCUCACGGCCGCACUAGCUUACGAGGAAAAUGGAGAGACCAUCGUCGUGUUCAGGAAGCCCCUCGUAUCGGACGAUAUGGCGGAUCACAGCUUUGAAAACGAGAUCAUGGACGUCAUUUGGGCUCAAGGUCAGCAGCACGGCAAUUAUAUUCACCAACCUAAAACCGGCCUAGAUCAGGGAAAAGCGAAAAUUGUCGACUUUUAUCGAGAGGACGAAAUCAAAUAUCAUGGACACAAAAAUCAGCGCGGAAAGACAACGAUCAAUUUUUUCAGUGAACUAAAACGUACUGGAAAUAGUUGUCAGGGUGCGUUUCAGUUCCCGUCAGGAUGCACCGGUCUUCAAUGUGAUUACCAGAUCGAGUGGCAGGUGGAUAAUUCUAGCGGACGCGAUGAGGUUCAAUUCCGUGUUCAGACGCGUUUCCCCGAUCGUUGGACAGGAGUAGCUUUCUCAAAGAACGAAAAGAUGGCAAGAAGUGACGCAAUUAUCGGUUGGGUCGAGAAAACAGGAAGGUUCUAUGUAUACGACGCGUUCAUGUCUGGUUAUAGCCAACCUACGAUUGACUCGUCGUCGGACAUCUACAACACAACCGGCAGCUACCGUAACGGAGUCGUUACCCUGGAGUUUACCCGUAAGCGGAACACCGGUGAUCGGGGCCAGGACCUGCGACUAGACGAAUGCCUAUACAUCAUGUACCCCGUUAAGGGGGGUACCUACAACAGCCUUGUCAAGCGCAUUGGCAAACAUGAAAGUACACCAGUAGUGUCAAAUGAAAGGAUCUGCAUGAAACCCUGUUUUCAAAGCACAGGUGUCGUAACAGAUUCAGACGCCGCAAAGAGCGUACCUGAACCCAAAUCCGAACCUGAACCCAAACAUGAACCUAAACCCAAAUAUGAACCUGAGGCCAAAUCCGAACCAGAGCCAAAACCCGAGCCCGAACCAAAAUUAGAGUCGGGAAACCACUUUAGUCAGAAACCUAAACCUGAACCAAACCCUGAGACUAAACCUAAAGCUGAGCCGGAACCUAAAGUUACGAAAAAUGGCGACUGCCUCGGCGAGUUCCGUCAUCCCAGUAACUGUGAGGGCGAAGCGUGUGAGUACACUUCGCAAUGGGGAUACAACGAUAACACCGACAUGAUCGACUUCACGGUGACAACAAGAAGCAAGAAAUGGACAGGUAUUGGUUUCUCAAAAAAUAAGCUCAUGUCCGAGACGGACGCAAUCCUUGGCUGGGUCGAAGAGACUGGUCGUUUUUUUAUUAUGGACGUUUGGAUGGAUAGCUACGAGGCUCCACUGCUCGAUCCUAGUCAGGACAUUGCCAACAUAUCUGGCGCUCGGGUCAAUGGUAUUACAACGUUGAAAUUCUCCCGUAAAAGAACCUCUGGCGAUCACACGCACGAUUUACAGUUUACCGAUAGCCAAUGCCUAUACGCGAUGUUUCCCACUCAAGGUGGCGUGUUCAACGCUGUGUCGAAGAAAAUCCGGAAACACGACGUUACGCCCAUUGUAUCCUCGAAUCCUAUUUGCAUUCGCACUUGCAAGGUGGCGUCGACUGUUGCACAUGCUGGGCCUGAACCCGAGCCCGAACCUGAACCUGACGAUGUUCCAGAAACAGCUCCGGAACCCCCCGUGGCACAGCCUGAUUACAAAGAGCCAUCGGGGUCGGUGCAUAUCGAGAGGCCAGAUGUUUAUCUUGUCAAGGUUAAGCUUACCGAAAGAUGGCUAAACGACUACAAGAGUCAAGGGUCCAACAAAUACGACCGCCUCACGAAGCAAAUCACUAAUUCGAUCGGAACCGCGCUAGUCCAGAUUCCGGGCUUUGUUCGCUUAGAGCUCACCUCGCUAAAGGGAGAUCCUUCAAACGAAGUAAUUUAUGCGGAAAUGAGCGUCAUCGUCAAGCCCGAUGAAGAUCAGAAUGCUGUCAGUAAUGUGUUAGCUGAAACUAUCAAAAGCGGAAAGCUUGGAAGAAAUCUCAGUGUAGAUCCUGCGUACCUCGUGGUUCAGCAACUUAUUCAAGAUGACGAAGAUAAUGCUAUUUUUACAGAGGAUGUCCGCGAAGAAGAUGAGCCGAUAAAAACAAUUGCAGGUAUCGAACAAACAAAGUUCGUCAUUAUCGCUGGUGGCGUGGGAGCUCUCAUUGUGUUAAUCUUCCUUCAGGCGUGCUGCAUGCUUUGCAAAGACCGCAAAAAUCGCGCCAAAGUCGCCAACCGGGAGAAGCUUCUGAUGGGCCCCAAUUGGAAAGACUACUCCGCUACAUCGAAUUAUAGCUAUGAGAAUUUUGCAGUAAAAGACGAUUCACCAACGAUGGAAGCACCACCUAUGCGUAAUGGAACCGGACAGCAUAAGACCAGCGGACAUACGCAACAUCCGUCAUCGAACGGCAACAGGACACAUGAUCGACGAUCUUCGCACCAGAGUCGAGAUCGCCUCGACGGCUCUUCCCGGGUUGGAGGGCCUCGCGAUUAUCCGAUGCGGGAGCGACUGAUGCCUCGACCCGCGGAGCGUGUUCCCCGUCCAACAAGCCAAACGGAGAGCAAUCCAGAUUUUUACUUCAUGCCAUCACAAAGGCGAUACUCGGGUGAGGUUGUCCGAGUGUUCGUCGACAACCCUGAUUAUAAGCUCUAAUAGGUGCCAUUAAUGCUAUACUAACAGAAUGCAAACGCUUAGUGCUGAUGUAUACACGCAUUGACUGCUCGUUCACGAUUAUUAUAAUCAUCUUCUUAAAACGACGACAACGACAGCGGAUAGAAAUGGAAAGUAACUAAGUGGGCGCCCAAAUUGAGCCCAACUUAAAUACCGUUUUUUGAUCAUAAAGAUAAUCAGAUAAAAUAUACCAUCAUGUAGGUACUGUUGCUUUUCUACCCAACAGCGGCAUCAAUAUAAAACUCCCUCAGCUGGCUACAAAUUUAUAUUGUGCACACAUGUGCAAACAGUUGAUAUUGUGUGGCCGAUAUCGCACAUCUGUGACCGUGUAUGUAAGGUGUCGAGGGUUCCAUAAGCAUCCACUACAACCUCCACUAAAAAUAAUAUUAACUGGGAAAAGCGCCUGUAGGUAUGCAUGGGAGUAAUAAAAAGUUUACAGGAAUAAAAAGGCAAUUCGAUGCUCAAAAGGACCUUUCUGUAGGCAAGCCUGGGACCGUAGUCCUUUAGACAAGACGCAAGGACAUCAGGCAACAGAUCGUAUAUUUGAGCUUCAUUGGAGAGCUAUUAUUAGAGGCACAGCAAGACAGGUAAUAGGAUUUCGCUUUGGCUCCACGCCUGGCAGGAAAUGAGAAUGUCGUAUUUUGUACAUAGCAUUUCCAGACAAAGGGGCAAAUCCCCUCCGUACAAAUCUAUCAACGGCAUGCAGUCUAUCAGACAGACGAUGCAGUCUGAUAAAGGAUUAUUCAUAAAUUGUGUUUUAUUAGGAAAAAGUAGUUUGGUUGGAGCUGUCCGAAGAGGUGUCAGCCAAAUCACGCGAGUGGAUUAUUUCAAAAAUUGAUUGAGGGUUAUAAACGGGAUCGAUCUUCCGCAGCUCGAUCUCGACUCUCUUUGCUUUGAUCUAAGAAGGUGGUUAAAAUACUAUCAACAACAGCAACAUCCAAUGUUGUUGUUGUUGUUGUUGUUGUUAUUCAUGAUAAUGAAGAUGAUGCGGAUGGUAAUUAUGAUGUUGAUUGAACAACAAAAAAAUAUUUAUUUAAGAAUAAGAUCCCAAUUUCGUCCUAACAAAUGUCCUACUAAAUGACGAAACUUUUGUUACAUUCGCCGAAUGCCAUAAAAAGACCACGUAGAUAGAAAAAUAUUGUUUUGUAAAUAAACAAAGAUAAAUAUAAUAAUGAUAAUAGUAUCGAGCGACGAGUAAAUUCAUUUUUCGAUGGAUCCAGUAAACAUUCCUCAGUACUGAUCAAAUGAAAAGCCAUGUAUAAUAAUGAAGUGGUUAUGAAAUGUUUUAUUUAUAUAUAUAUAUAUAUAUAUAUAUAUAUACUAUAUAUAGUAAAAACAAGUAUUAAGUAUUAUUAUCUGACAUUUUUCACCUGAUCAGUAUUGAGUAUAUAUAUAUAUAUAUAUAAUUCCUUUUAUAAACCCUAGGACGUUUCUGUUCUGGUAAAACAAAUCCACUGUUUCCUCUAUGACCUUUAAACUUUAUCGGAGUUACAGGAUUUGAUUUAUCAGGGCAAUACACUGAUCCAGCCUAAUCGACUUCAGAGAUUCAACGUUUCCUGUGUUGGAUACUUCUGAAUUUUAUUGUAAUAAAAACAUUUUUGAAAACAGUGUUCA